UCUGCUUUGGGGCCCACCUGGCUGAAAUAAGAAGCUCACAAAGAUGCUCGUUGCCUUCUGAGAUGAGCCCCGUUUCCUCCAUAAGGUCGGAUAUCCUGGAACGAAAAGCAGCACCUAAAGAAGGGUUCUCUCAGCACUGCUGGCUGCCCGGCGACCUUACAGCAGCAUCUUUAGGGCAGCAGAGCUGCGUGUGGAGCAAAGCCCCCACCCCAAACCCAAACCCCCCCCGGAGCACCUGAAAUUCGGGCACACCUUCACUGACCACAUGCUGACCAUCGAGUGGAGCCGAUCGGACGGUUGGGGACCCCCCCACAUUCGCCCCUUCCAGGACCUGUGCCUCCACCCCGCAUCCUCUGCACUUCACUACGCUGUGGAGCUCUUUGAAGGCAUGAAGGCUUUCCGUGGUGCCGACGACAAAAUCCGCCUUUUUCGCCCCGAACUGAACAUGGCACGGAUGGGGCGCUCAGCCCAGAGGGUCUGCCUGCCUCCCUUCGACCCCAUGGAGCUGCUGGAGUGCAUUCGUGCCUUGGUGAGGCUGGAGCAGGACUGGGUGCCGCGCUCCGAAGCUGCCAGUCUGUACAUCCGGCCCACCUAUAUCGGCACCGAGCCAUCGCUGGGGGUGGCCCCCCCCGGAAGGGCGCUGCUCUUUGUCAUCAUGUGCCCGGUGGGGCCUUAUUUCCCGGGGGGGCAUUUCAGUCCUGUGGGGCUCCUGGCUGACCCUGAGCACGUCCGUGCCUGGCCAGGGGGGGCAGGAAACUGCAAGCUGGGGGGGAACUACGGCCCCACCAUUGCCCUGCAGCAGCAGGCGCAGGCGUUGGGCUGCCAGCAGGUUCUGUGGCUGCAAGGACCCCAGAGGCUGCUGACCGAGGUGGGCACCAUGAACCUCUUCAUCUUCUGGCACCGCGAGGAUGGGGAGCUGGAGCUGGUGACCCCCCCACUGGAUGGGCUCAUCCUGCCUGGGGUGAUAAGGCAAAGCCUCCUGGAGAUGGCAAGGGAAUGGGGCGAGUUUGCGGUGCGGGAGGGGCCGCUGCCAAUGGAAGCAGUGCUGGAGGCGCUGCGGGGGGGGCGGCUGAAGGAAAUGUUCGGCACCGGGACAGCGUGCGUGGUGUGUCCGGUAGGGGGCGUGCAGUACGGGGGGCAGUGGAUCCCCAUCCCCACAAUGGAGAACGGCCCCAAAUUGGCGCAGCGCUUCCUGAGAGCACUGAAUGACAUUCAGUACGGCCGCACUCCCAGCGACUGGGCCCAGCCGCUGUGACCCCCCCCCACCGCUGCCAUGGGACACUCCAGGGGUAUCUGCCCCCCUCCCCCCCCCGGUAAUGCACCAAAAACUCCUUGGGGGGGGGGGGCAAAUACCCCACCCUCAACAGAACCAAAUACGGAGGAGGGGGGGCCGAUGUACCCCUCCCAAAUAUAAUGGGAGAGGGCACUAUCUGCUUCCCCCCCCCCCAGCACACCAAAUACCUGCCGGGGGAGAGGGUUGGGUUGGUAAUGCCCCCCCAGCACUCCAAAAUACUCCUAAGUGGGGACAGAAAUUCCCCCCUCUCCCCACCCCCGCCCCCCCAACACUCCAAAUACCCUCCUGUGGGGGGCGGGGGCAGAAAUUCCCCCCUCAGCACUCCAAAAUAUCCCCUUAGGGGGGGCAACCUCCUCCACAAAAGCACUCCAGUUGCCCCCCCUCCCAAGGGGUAAAUCCUCCCCUGUGCAAUAUUUUAUUCCCCCCCACCCCCCCGUGACGUUAUGGGGGUGGGGGGUGGCAAAAUGGUAGUACCCCCCCCAGUGCCUUCAUUGUGCCUCCCUCUCAGCACUGCCACCAUCUCACUCCUGCAGGCAGAGUGAUGAUGGGGGGCCAUUGUGAGGGGAGGGGGGGCACUCUGCAGCAAUGCCUUAAGGAGAAAGACCCCCCCUCCAAAAAAAAAAAAAAACAAAAAAGUGAAAGGUCAAUGGAGGGGGGAGGGAGCCUUAAAAAUGAGGUCAAAGGUCACCUGAGGUCAGAAGAGGUCAUUAAUAAAUGAAGUUGUGUAAA